AUUCAUGUCUUUAUGUCUCCUUUUUGUAAAUCAUUUUGGUAGAUUAAUUUUUAGCCAGUCUGAUUCGGAUCUGACCUUUAAUUUAGUGUACUUGAUGUUAGAGUCCUAAAAGGGGGGAGUUAAGGGAGUCAGGGGGUUACAGGGAGAGGAAAUGAAGUCUCCCUGGAUUUUGAGUCAGGUGCCUACCUAUUUAAAAGCAGAUACCUUCUUUUUGGCAUAUUCCAGAUGUUGAAGUUUAACACAAAACUUUCUGGCACGACUCUGUUUCUUUUUCUGAAUUUAGCCCUUUUAAUUUCUUCAUUAAUUUUUUUUCCCCUCAGAUUCUUUGGUUGGUUCUAAUGUUAUUUGCAAACCUCAUCUUUUGCUUGACUGUAUAUUUUGAUUGUACGUUAUUCUUCUCUAUGUUGUUCACUUUGGUUAUCGUGUUUACCUGAACAAAGGAAUGGGUUUGCUCUACUUUGGUUCUAUUUUAGUGCUAAAAGUUCAGUUUUCUCAAAAGUGAUUUUUAUUUCUUUAUUUUGUUUCUUUAUUUAUUUAUUUAUUUAAAUCUUGAUCAAGACUGAGCCUUUCGGGUUGAAAUGUCUCCUUAUGGAUCAAUUGAGGAUCUGAAAAGGGUUCUUUUCAUUGCUCUGUUGGGUGAGAUUAUAUUUCAAUUAUUUUUUCUCUGUCCUAGACAUCAUAUGGAUUGAUGCGACUGUCAUCCUAUAGUGACAGAAUUCCUUGAAGAGGAGUUUGAGGUGAAGAUUUCAUACUUUGAUGCUUCUAAAGCUAUGAUUUAAAGUUAAUAGUCUUGAGGUUGUGUCCUGAUGAUUAUUUAAAUUUAAUAACUUUGGUUGCUUAUAUUAUUGUGAAAUUUGUUCCUGAACCUGAAUUAAUAACAUGAAUGGUUUGUU